AAGCUACUCAGGACAGGUGUGUGACAGACGCAACAUGAAUAACUGGCUGCAGUGAUUUGUUAGUUUUACUACACCGGAGGGAACAAACUGUACAUGCAACAGCUUGUUUUCUGAUCAUCAGGGCAAUGAGAUAAGAUCCAACCUUACUCUCUCAAUGGAAACACAGGCACACAUGGAAAUGGCACACAGAGAGAUCCGAGAGGAGAGAACCAAAGAGCCGGUGGAGGAGAUGACAGAGGAACAGUUCCUUAGCGAUCUCUACAUGUUCAUGAAGAAGAAAGAUACACCCAUAGAAAGAAUCCCAAAUCUGGGCUUCAAACAAAUCGAUCUAUUUGUGAUGUACAAGGUUGUCAGAGACUUGGGUGGCUACCACCAGGUGACUGCUCAGCAGCUGUGGAAACAAGUGUACAACAUGCUGGGAGGAAACCCUCGAAGCACAAGUGCAGCCACCUGCACCCGCAGACACUACGAGAAGCUGCUUCUGCCAUUCGAAUGCCAUGUGACGGGCACAUUGGUGAACGUGUUGCCUCGUAGCCAACCAAAGCACUUCCUCUUUGCCAACUACAGCAAAAAACAUGUUGAUGGCCAGAGGGCGGCUAAACGCAAACUGCCCUCAAUGCAUUGGGUUGAGAACCCUCAUAACCUCCAGCCAACCUCCAGCCUCCAACCUCCACAUGAGUGUGUCUUCCCUCUGCAGCGCCAUUACCGUGCAGUACAACACAAUGCAGUUCUGGCCCCCCGUGUCUCUAUCGACUCCUUGAUGUUAACACCACAUAGCCCCCCUGCCCCGAAGCCCUGGGUUCUUUUCUCUCCAUCUCAUCUCGACCUAACAGACAGGGUUAAGGAGCCACUGGAGCAGCUACGCUUCCUGGCAGAACGGUACAAGACAACAUCUGGAUUGACUGAGCCCCUGAACCUUAGCGUUAAUAAAGCCUCAGGACGGGAAACCGACAGCAGCCCCGCCUCAUCGUUCACCCCACCUUCAUCCAGCAAGAACCCAAAGUUCUUGAACAAACCCUCCCCUUUGUACAGUCCUCAUCGCCCGCAGGUGGUGAGAAAUGACGGAUGUGAGACGGAAGAUGGUGAAGCAGAUUUAGGAGACACACCACAUUCAUAUCCUGCGAACGCCAGAGAGGCAUAUGCCGUCGACGUCGAAGCUACAACAGCGUCAAUCAGCCCCACGUAUGAGUCUGCUCCGACACUGAGAACAGACGAAGGCGCCCCCAAAAUGGCACAAAAACCCAGCUCUCCGAAGACAGAUUUAACAAUCCGGCCAAAAGAAAAUUGGGAGGGGAGUCCAGAAGUAAUUGAGCUCAAUCUGAGUCACAUACUGCCCGGCAUCACUCAACAGAACGGAGGCAAGAUGGAAAUUGAGGUACCGCUGUAUGUGUUCCAUGACUGGCUCAAGCAGUGUGGGUCCUCAGCCUUGAAGCAUGGAGCUAAGCAGCUACCUCCUGUUCCUCCUCCGGAAGGACUCUCCGAACAAACAAAGUAUUCGGACGUAGAAGUCCUCCCGACUGACCUGACAUUUAAAAUGAAUCCCCAACAACCGAGCUUAGCUGCUGAGGAUCUUCGGUUGUGGCGAAGUAAUUUGCCAAGUCCCAUACCAACCACCCAUACUAGCAGUUAUCACUACAACACAAACCAAAACUAUUUUAACGCCUACAAGCCUUUGUCUUCAGGUGAUAUUCUGAAAGCUAGCCGGGAUGUCUAUCCAUUUGAUCCGCAGGGAAUUAAGAAGUCAUACAGCUCAAAACCCACAAUUGGCUGGGAUGCCUACAAAGUGAGCCAGGCUUCCGCCAUCCAAAUCAACACGGACUCUAGUCCCUGCACAGUUCAGCAAGACUUUACAGCCUCUGUGUACUACAAUGGAAACCCAUUGCAGUGAGGGAAGAGGAGUUAGACAUGGGCCCUUCAGCUGCGCUAAUGCUGAAUUCCAGCUCGUCUUCUCUGCUGCACCUCACCCAUGAAGAGGAGAUGAAGCUGAAGAAAAUUUGGUCAAACUCAUCGUGAAGAGCAGUCAGAUCAUUACACUGACAGUCCGACACCACAUUAAAGCUUUACCACGUUACAUUCCUCUUUCAUGUAGUUUCAUACUGUAGUUCUCUGUUUUGUAUAUCAUUCAAUUGUAUUGUCUCUCAAUAUUAAGUCAAAUUACCAAAAAAGAUAAUCUAAUGAUUAAUUAAUUCAUCUGUAUACAGUAUCUGUGUAUAUAUAUAUAUGGUCUGUUUAUAAGGGUGUUUAUCGUGUAAAUAAGUUUGUAUUAUUACUAUUGUUAUUAUAACUAAUUAAUUUUUUUCUAUUUCUUAUAAUACUUUCUGUAUAUUUUUCUCCUAUGUCUAGUUAAUGUGUAUUUGUGUUAUUCUGAUGUAUGUACAUUUGUUUUCUUUUGAGCUGCUGUAACACAGGAAUUUCCCCAGUGUGGGAUUAAUGAAGUCUAUGUUAUCUUAUCUUAUUUAGACGUUUGUCUGUACAGAAAUAUUGCUUGUAUAAUAAAUUUAGCACCUUAAUUAUAAUAAAUCUAAAUAAAUUCAUAUAAAUAAAAUAGAAAUUUGAGAGACUCAUUUGUUGGGUGAUCCUGUUGUUUUCUCAUCCCACUACUAUGUGUUUCUACAUGAAUCCAAACAAUUACGUUUCAUCAAGCUAACCACCAUUACUGCAUUUGUACGCCUUAGAAAAUAAUUAAUUACACCUUGCACAGAGAUAGUGGCCUCGAGCUUUAUUCA